AUGGUGGGGAGGACCCCCACACUCUCAACCUCUUCAGACGAGGCAAGCAAUGACAGUGAACGGUUAGCUAACGAACUGGACGAAAAUACCACGGAAGAAGAUUUCGACUUGGAUUUAGAGGAAGAAGAUCUUGAUGACGGAUGGCAGGAAAUAAACGAAGGAGGUGCAGCCACGAAUGAGUGUUCGGAAGAAGAAGAAUUGUUAAUUUAUGACGUGGACUGCGACGAUCCUGUUUCCUCGUAUAAGUUAUUCGUCACAGACUAUAUAUUAGCAAUGAUCGUUGAGGAAACGAAUAAAUAUGCUGUAGAAUGCACGAACAACUCUGCAUCCAGCAGCAGAAGACACCAACAGGCCUGGAAGCCUGUUACAAAAGAAGAAGUGAACACUUUUAUUGGUAUCCUGCUUAUCAUGGGUGUAGUGCGGCUACCUGAAAUUAGAUUAUAUUGA